CAGGUCUAUCGACUAAUAACUUUAAAAAGCGUUUUCCUUAUGACUUAUUUUAUAAAUAAUAAUUAAUCAAUGUUGAUUAUUAUAGUUUAUAAUUGACUGGUGAACAGAGAGGUUGUGUGGAGAAUGAAGUUAAUUUUGGCGGUGUGCUUGCUGGUAUGGGGAUGUCAAGGAACGAAAAACAAUUUCUUACGCCCAAAUAAAUGGCUUGGAACCUUUUUAAAUUCGACAAAUAAUAGAGUCAAGGAUUGUAACACUGAGAAGAACGAAACGGGACAAUGUGUUAAAAUGUCGGAAUGCUUGGACAGAAAAGUAAUCGACUUGGAAAUGAUGGACACCUAUAGAAUCAAAAGCUGCCCCUACUUGAAGAUAUGCUGUCCAAACAGUCGAUUGGUGAACGGAACCCUGACUCCACCUCCAAUGCCGAAAAAGAGGCCAGGAUGUGGAUGGAGCAACCCUGGCGGCUACAUAUUCCGCGACUCUUCAAAGACGCACGCCGAGUUCGGAGAGUUUCCCUGGAUGGUUGCUUUGAUGAGGAAAGUCAAUCAGAAUCAGGUAUGGCAUCGAAAGGAUUACUUGGGAGGUGGUACUCUAAUCCACCAUUCAGUGGUGAUGACAAUUGCUCAUUCACUCAAGGAUAUUAAGGAAAUGCCAUUUUCGAUAAAAUGCCGCCUUGGCGAAUGGGAUACGCAGAAUACGAACGAAAUUUAUCCCCACCAAGACAGAGACGUCACUAAAAUUAUUAGUCAUGAAGAGUUCUCUACAAGGACGUUAGAAAAUGACAUUGCUCUAGUAUUUACAACAUUACCAUUCGAUCUAACCGAUCCCCAUGUAGGGAUUGCCUGUUUGAGCUUUAACGAGCCUAGUACGGAUACCAAUUGUUUAAGCAUGGGUUGGGGUAAGGACUUCAACAGUCAUGACCAAUACGCUGUAUGGUUAAAGAAGGUGCCUUUACCGAUAGUUGACCAUGGAAAAUGUGAACAUGAUUUACAACAAACACGGCUUGGACCGGGAUUCAAUCUGCACAAGACAUUGAUAUGUGCUGGAGGAAGAAAGGGCUUUGACACAUGCAAGGGUGAUGGAGGCUCAUCACUUGUUUGUCGCACCUCGAGCGAUGGCGCGCCAACUCGUUACUCAGUGUAUGGAAUGGUUUCAUUUGGCGUCGAAUGUGGUACAGAACUAGCCGCUGGGUACGUCAAUGUAGCGGCGAUGUCAGAAUGGAUCACUGAUAAAUUUGCUGAAAACAAACUUGACCUUCCAUUCAUCGCUUGAUAUGAGUUAAAUAUUUUCGACUUCGGUAUGCGCUAUGACGAUGUUAUGAUUUUUUGUUAAGUAGUAGUUUUUUUUAAAGUAUAAAUUCUUAGUAUUAUUUGUUGCUUUUUUUUUUAUU